AUGUCCACCCUCCCAACGCCCCGCCAACUCAUCACGAAUCUAAUAAACACUCUCACCGAAUCUCCACAAACACCACCACCACAAAUCCAGUCCACAAACACAAACCCUCUAAAACACCUCCCGCCCUCCCACCGCAAAAUCCUCUCAACCCUCCACGUCCUCCUUCCCCCAGGAAUGUUAUUACAAGCUCUAGACUUAUUGGACCGCGGUUUAGUUACCAGAGUUAUGCAAACGACCUCAGAAUUACCGUCACAAGAACCCACGUCAGAAAAUCAACGGGCACUAGAACGUCAGGAGAGGAAUGAGAUCUACACAGUCUCAUCCUCCCAGCCCCAAAAACGUUUCUCCUCUUCCACAACACAAAUCUACCACGUCCGUCUUGAGGCGUGGAAUUGUACGUGUGCGGCGUUUACGUUUAGUGCGUUCCCUUCUUACGGUGCUACGAUUAAACCAUGGGAGCAUCCACCUCACAACUCCAACGGCGCUGAGGAGAAAAUGGAACGUGAUGGGUGGGAAUUUGGCGGUCUAAGUCAAGAUGAAGGAGUAGUUGUGUGUAAGCAUUUACUUGCUUGUUUGCUAGUUGAGCGGUGGGGGGAUGUGCUUGGGGGAAUGGUGAAGGAGAGGAGGGUUGGAAGGGAGGAGAUGGCGGGGUUGGGUGGGGAGUGA